UUGAUGAAUGUCCGCACAUUUUGGGUUCUGAUGUCACCAGUUCAAUUGACCAGCUCUCAAAGCAACACACUCUCCUUCUAGAGCUAGCUAGCCACAUCAUAGUAUUACUAGAACCGGUACCAACCAUGACACUAGCAAGCAGCAGCACAGCGACGGCAACGGCAGUAUCGCUUCGGAGCUAUGAUGAUUGUUGCGACGUUGAGGACUUUCCCACGGUUCGCCUUUCUUCCGGAGCCGAAGAAGUGGCAAUGGUGAACCACACUCUGAGUGAUAUUGAUGAUGAGGAAAUAGCAAUUUUUGUGGAGGAAAUGGGAGCGGCACUAGCUGUGGCCGAACAGAUCCCCGUAUCGAUGCGAGAUGUCGACAUUUUGAGUAUGCGACGCAUCCACAAAUACGAAGAGGCUCGAGCGGAAUUCAUUUCCGCGCACUUUGUCAAGGCACAUUCACCCAAGACGCUGGGCAUUCAAUUUGGAAACACCAGUAACGACAACAAGGGAACCACAAUCGUCAAGAUACACAAGCAGAGUCUUGCGGCACAGUCGCCUUUACAAGUAGGAGACACGUUGGUCAGUAUCAAUCGGCGCCAAUGCAGUCCUGACAUGACCCCUGCUCAAGUCGACAAACUGUUGCGAGAAGAAUUUCGACUCAAAGACAACGUGACACUCGUCGCACACAAUCCUGGUGGCGCCUGUGAUGUCGUCGAGUCCAUGUUUACCAAACCCAAUCCGCACGAUGUCGUUGGCAUUGGACUUGAAAAAGAUCCACACAGCAAUAAACUCAUCAUUUCCAUUGUCAAUACGAGUAAAAGAGUCGAUGCGACAACCAAGGCGGCGGCGUCACUCUUGAACAUUGGCGACGAAGUCAUUUCCAUUAAUGGAUUCGCCACGGAACGAAUCGAGUAUGCCGAAGCACUCGAAAUCAUAAAGACGGCACCCAAAACUGUCACCGUCAAAGCCAUUACACUUCGUGAAACGGGAAUCGUCUUGGGAGAAAUUCCAACGCAGCCAGACAGCACCGAUGGUGUGAUUGAAGAUCCAAAACCAAGAAGAACUCGUCCAACAAAAACAAAAACAAAAACAAAAACAAACAAGGGCACGAGCAAGCCAAUAGAUUGCGAGAUGAUGUGCAAGACAUUUGUCAGGGUGUGCAAGAAAUGUGUCGGGGUUGUGCCCUAGCUACUGUUGGGAGGUAUACUGGUUUUUGUUAUUUACCGUACUACUUCACGGUAAUCGCAGCCAUGACAGUCUGUAAAAAUUUAAACACAUGGCUACAUCUUUUCAUUCGUUCGAACUUCGAACUUGAUACGAAUACAUGUCAUGUUGUCGACCAGUCUGAUCUUGAUCGAAUGGAAAACUAGAGUUCAUUUUGUACCUACACUAAAUGCAUCCAUCCAUCCAGCUAGCUAGUGCCAAAGUUGGCACAGGAGAUGUGAUGCAGUCACUAAUAGCAAAACAAGGGUACGG